AUGUUACCACAAAAUAACAACAACAAGAAUAACAACAAUUCAUCAUCCUUCUUUUCCAAUCCAAAUUUGAUGUCGUCCCCAUCCGACGCUGAAGCCAACAAUGACGUUAACUUUUAUCAACCCAUCACCAUUCAUGAAAUUAUUGAAAAUUUGAAAAAGGAACGUGCCGUGGAUGCCUCUCUGUAUAAGAAGGAGAAUACGGCUGAUAUCAUCAGUGAUCGUUUGCAAUCGGGAACCACCAUUGAAGCAUUGCUUGUAAAACCUAAUGUUGAGGGUUCCAACGACGCUCUCAUUACUCAAAUUUUGGAUGUGGUCAAUGACCAACAAGGUCUGCCCGUGAUUCGCUCCAUUCUAGGUACCACUGUGGUAGAGCCAGGAAAGAUCCGAGUGGUCGUUGUGAACGGUGCCAUUCGAUUGGUCGGUCCAGGUCGUUACAUGAAUGUCAAUCCUCGUGCUCAUUGGAGCUCCACCUACAGCAUGGAUUCCGACAGAAUCGAACACGAAACUUUGUCGAUUAUCAGAGUUCCAAAAGGAUAUUAUGGUCUCGCCACAAACAAUGGUCAACCCUUAAUACUCGGAGAAGGUGUCCAUGUUAGAAAUUCUAGGUUGUUCAACUUUGUUGAAUUGAAAGAAAUCAAUCAAGAGCAUAUCAAGCAUGGUACCAUUGAUAUCAUGAGAAUUCCACAAGGAAAAUAUGGUAUGGUCCUUGAAAAUGGAAUUCCCAAGCUUUUAACAGCAGGCUAUUACGUGUCUGAUUCUGUCUUGUUCAAAUAUUGUGGAACUGUGAAUAUUAAUGAGCCUCACAUCAAGCACUCAACUAUUCAAAUCAUUAGAAUUCCAAAAUCUUCAAUUGGUUUGAUUGUUAUUGCUACCAAGCCAUUGCUUCUUCAUGAAGGAAUUUACACUUUCAAUGAUCAAAACAUUGCCUUCUUGGGAAUGAAGGAUGCUAAUGAACAAGUAAUUAUUCACAAGCCAAUCACCAGAUUUAGAGUUAAGAAUGGUGAGAUUGGUUUAUGUUGGUGGCAAUCAAAGCCUCUCUUUGUUCAAGACCCUGGAAUUUAUGAAGUGGACAGCAUUGAUUUCAUUUUCGAACAAUGUGUGCCAAUUUCUUCUAAACUUGUCGCUCUAGGAAGCUCUAUGAGAAUUGUGGUCUAUGAUGGUGAAAUUGGUAUUACUUACUUGAAAGGAAAAUUGGACGUGUUGCAGCCAAACACUUACAUCUUCCACGAUAGUGUUUUACGUACUUUUGAAGGAUAUUUAAGCACAAAACUUAAUACCAUUCCUUUGAUUGAGGACGGUUCUAAGGAGACCUUCCUUCGUUGUGACACUAAGGAUCUUGUAGAAUUGGGAAUUAAGGCAUCUUGUUCUUAUCGUAUUUGUGAUCCUAAAUUGACACUUACAACCAUUGGUAAGGAACCACAAAUUAUCAGAUUAAUCAAGGAUCAAUCCAUUGCCACCGUGCAAGCCAUUGUGAGAAGUACCGCUUUGAACCAAGUGGCACAAAGUAAAACAGUGAACGCAGCAAGUCACUCUGCCAUUGGUGACGAUAAGGAUGCCCCACUUCAACAACCAACUGCUCCAGUAUUCUUUGAGAAGAUUCAUGAUGAAUUCCUCUCCAAGCUCCAUGAUGAAUUUAAAAAGAGUUAUGGUAUUGAAAUUACCAAUGUUAGAAUUGAAGAUAUUCAAAUUAUGAAUCAAGAACUUGCUAAUAACAUUUCCAAGCAAGCCAUCAUCACUGCUGAAACUGAGACUAAAUUGGCAAACUUGGGAGGACAACGAGAAAUUGACUUGGCUGCUCAAGAACGUUCGAAUGCCAUCUCGUCAAUUAAGGCAACUGCUGAAGCCUUCAAACUUCGUACUGAAACAGAAGCUAAGAAUAAUGCAGCUAUUUUAGAGGCUGAAACUAAAGCUAUGGAAAUUAAGACACUUGCCAAAGCUCGUGCUGAAGCAAUGACCAUUGAGGCAGAAGCCGAAGCUAGAGCCAUUGAAAUUAAGGCCCUCGCUGAAAAGAAGAGAGCUGAAUACCUCUCAAGUACAGAAUUCGGUAAACAAGAUGCAUUGUUAACCAAACACCACGACAUGGUCGUUCAAGCCAUGAAAGGUAUUCAACAAAUUGUGUACCUUCCAUCGGAUGCGAAUAUGGGAUGCUUACCAUUGCAAAUGUUUGGUCUCAAAGGAGGUGUUCCAACUUUUGAUUCCCUCACUAAGGAACAACCAAGCGUUUCCACUAUGAAGAAAUAA